AUGGCCCCUAAGCUCAAAGGCAAGUCAUUGAGCCUCGCAAUCAGUCUUAUUGGGGCUGUCGGAUUCAUACUGCAGGGCUAUGAUCAGGCAAUUGCCAAUGGUCUGUUGAUACUGGGCUCUUUCAUCGCCGUAUUCCCUCAAGUCGAUACCGUUCAAACUACUGGUAGUGAGAAAUCUCACAAUUCUAAAAUCCAAGGCACAACGGUCGCUAUAUAUGAAGUUGGAUGCGCAAUAGGGGCAGGUUCCUGCGCCUUUCUAGGUGACAGACUCGGUCGUCGCAAGACCAUCUUUCUUGCCGGUUGCAUAGCCUUCGUUGGUAUAGCUAUCCAAGCAAGUUCUUUCUCACUCGGUCAACUUAUUGCUGGCAGAGUCAUUACUGGUCUUGGUGUCGGUGGCUUUACCGCUACAAUCCCAAUGUACGUCUCCGAGUCAUCUGGAGCAGAGGAACGUGGACGAAUGGUGCUACUGGAGGGAUGGUUUGCAAUUGGCGGCGUUGUUUUCGCAGCAUGGUUGGGAUUCGGACUCUCCUAUGUCAGUGACAGCUCGGUCAGCUGGCGUUUGCCCAUCGCAUCUCAAGGCUUCUUUGGUCUCGUUGUUGUGGGGUGUAUCAUGCUGCUACCCGAGUCUCCUCGGUGGCUCGCACGUGUUGGACGCCUCGAGGAGGCAUCUGAAGUUUUAGCCCGCAUGGGAAAUGUGCCUGUCGACUCUGAGUAUGUCUUACAGGAGCUGGAAAAUAUCCGACAGUCACUUGAAAUUGACGAGAACGCCGAAUCAGCAGGCUCCUCUUCGCCAUUCGCGCUCACGAAGAACCGCCACCUGCACCGUGCAGUUAUCGCUGUUGGUGUAAAUAUUCUAGCGCAGAUGACCGGUGUCAACAUCAUCACUUUUUAUUCUGAUAUUAUCUUCCAGUGCGACCUGGGAUACUCAGGUACACUCUCAGGAAUUAUCACUGGGUGUCUGCAAAUCUGGCAAUUUUUGGCUACAGGCGUGGCCGUUCUACUCAUCGAUCGCGUCGGACGUCGUCCAUUGCUCAUUGCUGCGACUGCCGGUAUGACCAUUGCCCAGGCCUGUUUGGCUGGGAUAUCAAGUGAUCUUAAAAACACAUCCAUGGCUGGCGCCUCACUCUUGUUCUACUUCGUAGCGCUUUUCUGCUUCCCCAUUGGGCUUUUCCUUGUCCCAUUCAUGUACGCCGCAGAGAUCGCACCGCUAAAAACUCGUGCUCAAGUUACUGCUAUGGCUGCUGCAGCAAACUGGCUCUUCAACUUCGUAUUGGCAGAGGUGAGCCCAGUCGGGUUCGCUACUAUCCACUGGCGGUAUUACAUUGUCUACGCAUGUAUUAGCGCCUUUGCUUGUGUGUUCUUCUACUUGUUCUGUCCUGAGACUAAGGGCCGUACACUCGAGGAGAUCGAUGAUAUUUUUGUUCAGUCGAAGUCUGUCUUCGAUACUGUGCAAAUUGCACGAGAGACGCCCUACCAGACGGAGAUUCUGGCGCAUGUCAGUGAUACCGAGAAAGGUGGGCUGAACGCCACGCAGGUAGAAUGCCCCAGCCAUUCA